ACAGUACAUGGUGUGAUAGCAAAGUACCAGUAUAAACAGAGAGUAAUUAAUGCGCUAUUUGCGUACCCGACAUUAUUACAAUAAACAGAUAGUAUAAAUGUAUUGUGCUUACAUGUGCAAGUGUACACUAAUUUAAAAACAGUUGCAUUUCAAGAUCACAAGCUGACUGGAGAUCUCAGUCAUCUAUUCAAGAGCUUCGUUACGACUUAAAUUUUUGGUACUGGGGCAACUCUCUGACUGGGGCUCCCGAUUAUUAGAUGAUCAUGCCCCCUUCUCCGUUCAGUUUUGACCCUGAAGUGCCACUAUGUUUAAAUUGGAGUAUCUGUAGUUGCAAGUAUAUAGAAUUGCAAUGCAUCGUGAUGUGAAUAUAAUAGUAAAUGAGGUGUGGAAAUUUGAGUCAGGUGCAGGUGGUCUGGUCAAGUCAGGUCAGGUGUGGUCAUAUGGGAGCAUAGAGUAUUAUAGGCUGGAAGUGCAAGUAAACCGAAAUAAACCACCGAAUGCAACCUUACGCAUGCUUAUAAUGUCACGUUGAAUCGCGUGUGCCAGCGUGUGCACGUGCGUAGUAGAAGUUAGUGGGUGGUGUAGAUCCAGUACCCGUUCUGCAUUUAUGAAAUUAUGAACUUUCUUUGAGACGGAGAUGGUGUGAUCAAAGUGUUCCAGCGAAUGCAUAAAAUAGGAGAGCGAUUUCACUGAAAGAAUCUUCGAGAGAUAAGAUCAUGACACUGAACCAAACCCUUACCCGGCGAGUUGUAAGAAGAUUGUGUCGACCGUUGCCAGUGGCGGCUAUUGUGACAGCUGUAGGAGUUGUUCAGAUUCGGCGAAUUAUAAAUUCAGAUCGCGAGGCUAAGCAGUGGGAGAUAACAUGUUAUUCAUCAGUACCAUUGCGAAUUUUGUCUCGAGGUUGGGGAUGGAUUUGCAACAAAGAAUUGCCUGUCAAAUAUAGAGAAUCUGUGUAUUUAAAAUAUGCACAAAUGUUCAAUGUUAAUAUUCAAGAAGCUGCAUCAGAAGAUUUAUCUUCAUACACCAGUUUGUGCGACUUCUUUUGCCGCCCCCUUAAGGAAGGAAUUAGGCCCAUUGAUUCAAAGGAGAAUGUGGUUUCUCCUGCAGAUGGUGCUGUUCUCAAUGUGAGCAAGGUGACCUCACCAAGAGUGGAGCAAGUAAAAGGUGUAACGUAUUCUUUGGAAACAUUCUUGGGCGAACAUUCACAGGACAAAAAUGAAGAAUCAACUAAUUCUGAGGUAUGUGAAAAGGACAGAAACUCUUCUUGCAUUCAGUCGCUCCUGAAAAACAAAGAAAAUGCUUUGUAUCAGUGUGUGAUUUAUCUUGCUCCUGGAGAUUACCAUAGAUUCCACUCUCCUGUUGAUUGGGAAGUUAAUCUUCGAAGACAUAUUCAAGGAGAAUUGCUGAGUGUAAGCCCUAAGAUUGCUCGCUUAAUUCCGGAUCUUUUUUCUUUGAAUGAACGAGCUGUCUAUAUUGGAGAGUGGAAACAUGGGUUUUUCUCGUUUACUGCAGUUGGGGCCACCAAUGUAGGAUCCAUUCGUGUAUAUGUUGAUGAGGUUCUGACCACAAAUGAACGUAAAUGGAAAUUUGGAUCAAAAUGUAGAGAGGUUUUCCUCUCAGAUUCAGAGGGCAAACCGUUAAAAGUGAGGAAAGGAGAUCCAUUUGGAGAAUUUCGCUUGGGAUCUACAAUUAUCCUAAUUUUUGAAGCUCCUAAGGAUUUUAAAUUCCAUAUUGCUCCUGGUGAUAAAAUUCAUGUUGGUCAAGCCAUUAGUUGCAAUCAUAUUUGACAUUGGUUUGACAAUUAAGAGUGAUAAAUAUAUAAAUGAUCACAAAAUAGAUUAGAUCACAAAGUAGAUUUUAAAUUCUGCAGUGCUCUUCAUGAUACAUUUCAUGUUUUGCAAGACAUUGGUAGCAGUUAUUUGACGCAGAUAAUAGGAAAUACAUGAAUGAAAAGAGAAUUACAGAAUUUCUUUUUCAUUCAAACAUAUGGAAUUGAAUAUUGAAUUGACUUUUGUAUCUCAGGAAAUCGUGGUCACAAUGGAAUUACAUUACCAAAACCUUUUGAUAGUAAAGAUAUAAGUACGGUAUUGUCAGUGGCGAAGCCUGAGGUGUUCAGGGCAAUAAUAUCAUCACCCCUUCCCUCUUUAAUUGAAGAUAAAAAGGUAUGGUAUCAAAGUAUGUUGCAUAUAUAGAUAGUAUAUUUAUUCGUUAAAAGAUUACACAAUUUUUGUAUAUGCAAUGAUUAUAGGAGUUGGAACAAUAUAGUGGUAACCCUCAUUUUUAUAAUACUUUUUUAUCACAGGAAAAAUAAAGUGUGUGAAAUCCAUCUGCUUUCUUUACACAUUGUCUUUUGAACACAUUUAUAUAGCAUUUUGAUCAUAAUAGUUUUUAGAAGAAAUUGUAUGUUAGAUCAUUAUUUUAGGUGUGUAAAAAGAGUAUCAUAGUUGCCUCUACCCAUCAGCUGAAGUUCAAUUUUUUGAAAACCAUAUUUUCAAAUGGAAAGCAAAGUUUAUGAAGUGUAUGUAUGUAAAAUGACUGACAAAGGUUACGAGUAUUAAUAUUUAUAAUAAUCAUUUAUUGCAUUGAGAGAAGUUGCACUUCUUACUUUGGAAACAACUUCAAAUUAUCAGAGAAAAUCUGAAUCAAUGCAUAAAAUUAUCGAUAAAUGCAAUUUUAAAAUAAAAUAUUCAGCUUAUACAAUUUUAAAUUAAAAUUUUAAUUUGGUGUCACCUGGAGCAGACGCUUCACUCUCUCAAGGCCACCUUUAACUACCAACCAUUCAGUAUUCUCAAUACUUCUGGUAGAGGAUUCAGGUGUUGUGACUAUGGCUGUGAAUUGUAGUUCUCAUAAUAAAUUAUUUAUAUUAAUUUGUUAAUAGGAAACAUUGCAACCAAUUUUUUUAUAAAAAUGUAUUUUCUAUUGAGAAAUUAAAAAACCUUUAUUCUAAAAACUUUAAAUGUAUAUAAUGAAUUUGCAGUGAUAAAGAUAAUUGGGAUAUGUUAAGGAGGCAGCUUGUUCGCUUUUUGUUUUUGGAAGAAAUAACAUUUUUAUUUCAUUGUUGCAGUAGUGUUUUUAAGCUUGGGCAAACAUUUGAGUUCUUGUGGAAACUUCUAAGUACAUUUUUAUUGUAAUUACAAAAGACUAUUAAUUGAAGGUCUUUUAACUAAAACAGUAACUAUACAAUUUUUAUUUAUCUUAUUAGUUUUACACAAUUACUAGGAUAUAUAAUGUUAAAUGUAUAUAAUUAGAAUUAUAUGUGUGAGUGAUGUGUUCCAAUAUUUAUUAUGCUGUGAUCUUAAUAAUAUUAUAUAUAUAUAUAAUUAUUAUCAGAAUGGGUGUAAUUAUAAUUUGCCAGUUACCAAAUUAAACAUGCACUAACUAUAGGAUGGAGUAUUAAGAAAAUACCCCAAAAAAGACAACUGUAAUUUCUCAAAGCAGUAUUUAAUUUGUUCUAGGAGAUAAAAUAUAAUUAUAAGAACAUCACCACAUCUAUGUUUCCUGCAAAAUCUCUCAUUUAUGCUUUUGUAUUUUAGUCUUUUUAAGCUGUGUAAAUUUGUUAAAUUAUCUGAAGGUAUUUUUUUAUUUACAUUUGACCCAACUGAUAUUUUGUUUCCUAGUGACUUUGCUGGUAACCUAUCAUUUAACCAAAAUAUUUGAUGCCAAAGAGAAUGACUGUCAGCUAUUCUUCUAAUAAAUCACAAUAAAGUAUGGAAAACUUAAAAGAUAAUAUAAUCAAAUUUUAGUGCAUUAGUAAAGCUUGAGGUUUUGAGCAGCAAAAAUAUAAAACAUACAUUCAUUCUGAAAGUAGUGUCCAUUUUUAUUAGAAAAAUACUGAAUUUUUGUUAGUCUUGUUGCACUUCAGGAAGCUUACUCCAGUGUUCACAUAGCUUAUCAAAUGUAGACAAAUAUGCAACAUAUGUACUGGCACCUAGUGUUUGACUCCACAUUUAUCUAUAUCAUAUAAAUUUAUGCUGGAAAUUUAAUCAAAAUCAUUUAAUGUGUGCUUCAUGAAUGAUGAUGUGAGGCAUUUGUUAUCAAAAACAGCUCAUUCCAUUAUUUGUCAAAAUGGCCUGUUUUGAUUUUUUGCUAAGUUAAGGAUUCAUUACCUCACGAAGGGGUAUAAUUGAAAUCCAGCUUAUUCCCAUCUAAAGUGUGGUAAGAACAUAUCUUGUUCAUAUUAACCAUGUGUAGGGCAAGAUUUUGUUUCUUUUGUAAAUAAAAUGUUUGCAAAUGAAAUGGACUGGUUUUUAUAGCUAGUGAAUAUACUAGUGUGUUAUGUUAUAUCUUAAUUUUAUUCUUGUAAUGAAAUAUAUAAUGCAGUGUUGUUUAAAUGUUUCAGUGAAAUUUAUUUAUACCUUAAAG